AUGGAUAAUUUAGCUCAGCUUGAAGACUUAAACAGUUCUUCAACAACUAAUUAAUUGGAUAAGAAUACACCAAAUACUGCUAUGAGUACUGUAUUUGGAAACGAAUUGGUUCGCACAUAUGCAAGUCCUAAAGUACAACCUUUAAGUGGAAAAACAUUUAAAAUUGGAAUAUGUGGUGGCCACUCCUCAGGAAAAGCAUUAUUAACAGAAAAGCUUUAGACUGAACUUCAAUAAUAAGGGUUUUUGGUUAGUGUGGUAAAAUAGGAUAAUUUUGAUGUUGACAGUGAUGACUUCGAUCAUUACAAGCAAAAUUCUGAUAGUCUAAAUAAUGUCCCCUAUGUUAAUAAUUAAGAUUAUUAAAAAUUUUUAUCAACUGCCAUCAACACUCUAUUGACCACUAAGGAUAAGAAUGUCAUUAUAAUUGAAGGAACUUUGAUCUUGUAUGAUAGACAAUUGAGAGAUUUACUAGAUCUAAAAAUAUUCUUACAUCAUGAUUAAGAUGUGAGAUUAUCAAGAAAAAUUUACAAGGAAGUCUGCGCCAAAGGCAAAGAUGUGGAGAAAGUCAUUCAUAAUUAUUUAAAUAGAUUAAAGCCACUUUUUGAUUCUAUUAUAAAGCCCACAGAAUAAUAUGCCGAUAUUAUUAUUCCAAAAUUCGGAGGAGAAUUCUCCUUAAAAUCACAAGAAUACUUAGGUGCAACAUAGAUGCAAGCUGGCUUUGAUAAUGUUAAUCCAAAUAUAAUGGAUUUACUUGUAAAGAUCGCAAAGGCCUAAAUUUUAGGAAGUGAUAAAGUUGAAAAACCUGAAAAAGCCUCAACACCCACAAAAUGA